AUGAAGGACAAUGAUGAGGUCGAGAUCGAGAAACCGGUGCUCGUCGAUGUGGACGAUUUCGACGUGAGGUUUUUCGAUACCGAAGAAGCAGUGAUGUCAAUGGAAGUACCUGCUAUCGCUCAUCCAUUCAAAAAGUGGAUGGACAGCUUUCGUCCUCGCAAAUACACCCCCCGAACCACACCACAACGCUUUGUCGAAGGCUGGUCGGAUUCUUCACAGGUGGAAUUCUCGACGCAGAACCAAGAUGCUCCCAACGGACAGGAACAACAGUGGGAGAGCGAAUCGCGGCACUCUUCACAACUGGGAACCGUCAAAACAACUACACUUAGCAUUGCUAGCCGGAGCAUGGCGAGAUCUAGACGGACCACCCGGAGUACAGCCAACCAGAGUACCAUAUCAGGCUCGCGAAUCUCUGCCGACAGCACUCGACCGGCGUCUAGCCAUCACAUCGACAAGGACGCAGAACUGCGGGCGACCAAGAGACGACAGGUGUUACGGGAAAUCAUCACGACCGAGUCGGACUAUGUCCUUGGCUUGAAAGCACUCACAGGUGUCCUGUCCAUAUUCAACACCAGGCCCGAGAUAUAUCGCAACAUCCAACGCAUCCUCGCUAUCCACGAGCGCUUCCUAAGUCAGCUCCAGGCAACGUCCCCUCUCUCAACAUCAAAUGCUUCAGAGAGUGGACUCUCCGACCUUGCAUCUCGAGGGCUCUACAAGCGCUUGGGCACCAUUGACUUGCCUGGGUUCAAGGGGCUUCAAAACCGGUCUCUGAGGACGAGCAACUUCAAAGCAUCGGUUAACCAGCGGCUCAAAGCUUUGUCCGCGGAGCCAUUUGAAUGCCUUGAAGUCGCGCGUGAGAUUGAUAAGUUGUCUAUUUCUUUCUCGCUAUACGAGGAGUUCUGCAGCAACUAUGAGAUUCUCACCCAAGAUAUGGUCCUCCUACGCAGGUCCAUUCCCAACUGGGAAGUUUUUGACCAGGGGAUUGAGGCAUUGUCCAAGUCAGUCGCAUCGAUGGACAGUCGAAAACAGGAAGAAAACCGAUCCAUGUCGCUAAAUGAUCUGUUGAUAAAGCCUGUUCAGCGCCUCUGCAAAUAUCCACUUCUACUCCAGGAUAUGCUUCGACAAACCCCGAUUUGUGACUGCCCAUCUUCCCAUGCUGGCAUUGAGCAGAUCGUGGAGAAUUUGCGCGCUUUAGUGGCACGAAUCAAUUCAGCAACCGGCAACCCCGUUCACAAAGACCGGAUCCAAAAGACUAUUCUCCUCCAGGAAAGAAUCGGAUUCUCAGAUUUGCAUCCACUUCAAGAUAUGUAUAGAGAGCUGGGGCCGAUGACCUUGUGCGGUGUUCUCCAUGUGGUAUAUCGAACACCAGAAAGCACCACCGGUGACUUCAUGGUAUGCAUCCUUUUCAACUGCUACCUCCUUUUUGCCAGGGGCAUCGAUGACUUCCAUCGACUGGAGGCAGUGGCCUGCCUGUACGUGGACGACUUAAAGAUGGAUACGCCAAGCAAUGGACAAGGGCUCUAUUGCUACGGAUGCCUGUUCUCUUGGAAGCUCAUCUUCCAAGAUCAAGAGGAAAACUACGAAAUUGUGCUCAGUGCAUCUUCGGCCACAGAAGAGAGACACUGGAAGACGGAGUUGCUGAAAUCCUCUGCAGCCUUGUCGGGCAUAGAAAAGCCGGGCUCGUGGGACCCUCGGCAAUACUCUUUCGUGACCCUCGACCUGGUGCCCUUGGAUCGCGUUCAGUACGCCGCGGGCUCUUUGGCUCGAAGAUCAUCGAUGGACUCCAUGGCGGUAUUGCGCAAGUCCCAUGUUCAGCAUGUAAUCAUCAAGAAGACGAAUUGCCCGCAUAGCCACGAGGAGUUAACAUCUCCAGAUCAGGGCGAGAUUGAACGACCCAAGACACCUGUUUCACGUACUGCACUGACCCUGACUGCGAGACGGAUGGAACGAAUCCGACUGGAGCGAUUGGUCGCGGAUGUCUAUACACGAGACGUGCUUCCAUUGCCAGGAAUGGUUCUCGGAAGGGGUGAUCUCUUCCGACGCGGAUCCAUCAUGAGACGUCUCAGUCUCCAUGCCGGAUUCACCAGGCGGUCCAGUUCCGUCAGCACCUCCCAUUCCGGACCCGUGAUGACUGACGCCCACUCUAUUGACGGACACGGCGGGGAAGAAAAAGAGUUGACGGCCCAAGGCGAGAAAUGCGAGGACCAGCAGAAUGCGGAUGGGGAAAUCCCCAGGACAAUCACAUCUACCAUGGGGCGAUCGAAGACACUUCGAUUCAAAGGCGCCGCUAAAAGGGCUAUGGGUGCGCCCCCAUCCCCUCGCAGUGAAAAGCGUCGGAGCCAAGAUGAUAACUCGGAGUCCUCUCCAGCCCGCAAGAAGUGGACCUCACCAAUGGCGCUGCUGAGUGUCUUGUCUCCGAAAAAUCUGAUCCGGCCACGUCCCAGCCUGGGAGCGAGCACGUUAUAA